CCUCGCAUGAGAUCAAAGAACGUCAAUCGCAAUGUCCUGUCCUUUCAUUCCCUUCCCUUCUGAUGGCAAUUUACAACCUAUAUUUAGAUAUCACACGCGCAGCUUCGCCCACGUCGUCAAGAUAAGUAUAAAUUAAUUUGUCAAAAUGUGUCACGUAAUUUUUUUAAAGAUAGUAAUACUGUUUCCCGUGAGAACGAAAUGUUGUUUCGGUAUAAGAGGUAGCCCAUGUCUUGAUUCCGACCUCAAAGUAUCACUUUUCAAUCAUUAAUCCAUUGUUUCGUUUCGGCGUGAAGGAAGGAUAUACAAACAGACAAAUGCAUCAUCACAUCUGGAACGAAGUUCCUGAUCGCGCGUUGUGAAAGGGGGCUAGACGGAAAAAAUUCUUACGAAAAGUUGUCACGACACUUUUUAGAUCCGUCAUUCUGACCAAUCAACGUGUAGGCGCUUAUCGCGUGACAUUGCUCGUAUCCGAUUGGUCCGCGUAAUGAGUACAGUUUCUCGAGAUAGCGUUUCAACAAUAGUAAUUUAGUUCAUAGUAUUGUUUUUUUCUUCUUCAUAAUGCCGUAAUUUAUUAUUAUAACUUAAAAAAAAAAAUACAAUUCCUUCACUAAUUAAUCGAAAGGAACUUCGUUCCAUCCGGGUGUCCCUUGACACCUCUGAAGUUUUUUAUAAUAUUAAAGACGAAUAAAUAAUUAUCGCCGAGUUGACAAAAUUUGCUCAUAAUCACCAAGAACUCACCGAGCAAUACCCACUCAUUGUCACGAAGACAUUUAGUUCUUUUUUUAGGAAAAAAGAAAUCAUUUUAUCUACAUACAUACAAUUGUACAUACAUACAACUUUUUUACAUACAAUUUUACUUACCUAUGACAUUUUCCCUUUUGUUUUGACAUAGUCAUUUUUUUAUGUAGACAGAAAAAAACCUGUAUCAAAAAAAAUUAUUAAUAACACUAGAGCUCAUCAGUAUUUUCAAAACAAAAAAAUCUAUUCUCAAAUGGAAGGAAGAGUAUUAUCCUUCUAAACUAUCGAACUAGGCUUACGUAUGAACUAUCGUUCUAAGGUUUUGUCAUUCUCGAUUUUAAAGCACUGUUUAAUCAUUCUUAAUUUUUAGACAAAUAUUUACAAAAAAUUGUUUUACUCAUAUUUAAUUUUAUCACAUUGCACGCACCCAAUACUUUACAGUUACUAGGAAUUAGGUUCAGCAGAGAUACGCGCGGCUUCCAUAUUUAAUUAAACUGAAAUAAAUAAAAUAUUGUUGAAUUAAAUAAGUUAAAUAUUGUUGUAAUCUUUCAGGUUCAUUAUUAUUUCGAGAAUAACUUUGAAGUCGUCGUGGCCUAAAGGAUAGACGUCCGGUGCAUUCGUACCCACCGAUGCAACGGUGUUUGAAUCCCGCAGGCGGGUACCAAUUUUUCUAAUGGAAUACAUAUUUAACAAAUGUUCCCGAUUUACUUCCACGGUGAAGGAAUAACAUCGUGUAAUAAAAAUCAAAGCCGCAAAAUUAUAAUUUGCGUAAUUACUGGUGGUUGAGUCCGCACGGGUAGGUACCACCACCCUGCCUAUUUCUACUGUGAAGCAAUAAUGCGUUUCAGUGUGAGUGGAGGGACAGCCGUUGUAACUAUACUCAGACCUUACAACAUAUAUCUCAAUGUGGGUAGCGCAUUUACGUUGUAGAUGUCUAUGGGCUCCUGUAACCACAUAACACCAGGUGGGCUGUGAGCUCAUCCAACCAUCUAAGCAAUAAAUCAUUAAAAUAAAAAAAGACCAUUAUAUAUCCUGCAAACACUCAACUAUCUCUUAAGUAAGGGAGAGCGCAGCUUAAAUAAUUUAAAACACUUUUUACCCUUGCGAGCCCUACCAACACAUUAUGACAGUCCGUAACCUUAGAAAAAAUCCAAUUAUAAUAACUCUAUAAAUUUAUCAAUGAUUACAUAUUGAAUCAAUACAAAAUUCUUCAACUUUACUAUUGAUCAACGCGAUAACGCAAAUAGUUAUCUCAAGAAUAAGAAACCUAUGCUUAUUUCUGUAUUUCUUUCCUAAUUCAAUUACAAAAUUCUACGAGCUAUCGAGUUAUUGUGAAAAUAUAAUGUUUAAUCAGGGUUUCCUUACAUAACAUCACACAAUCAAGAUAGAAGAUAAAAAUCAUUACUAUAAAUGAUUUGCAUAGACCCUUUUUCAUUCAGUUUGUGAAUACUACCUAUAUACAGUCUUACUAAUAUUUAUUUGAAAUUGAUAUCAGUGUGCAUUAACAUUGUGAGCGAUGACUUUUAAAUUAAAGCUGUUAAUACUUAUCGUAACUCUAUUGCGGAUAAAUUUAGCACAGUCUAUUGGCAAUGGUUUAAGCACCGGAGAUGUGGCCAUCAGCAAUGGUGAUACAACUGGUUUUUUGUUAAAUUCAAAUCAAAUUGGUGGAAAUGUACCUACGAUUAAUAACAUGGACAACCAGGGACUCGGCAGCGGACUUCUAUCAUUUCAGAACAACGCUCCGGAACCAUUGACCGAUCCAAAUAAUAUUAGCAAUUUGAAUAGAUCUUCUAGAGGAACGCUUUUCGGUGGAAUCGGCAACCAAUUUCCAUUUCAGUCCAGUUUCAUGAACAGUCCGGCAAAUCAAAUUUCUAACAGUCUAUCAGGCUUCAAAGGAUUCCCUAACAGCUUUGGUACUGGUACGGCGGUAUCAGGAUUCUCGAAUUGCUUAAGUAACGGCCUGACUAAUAGAGCAGCUAUUGAUGGAAACGUCAGAUCAGUGAGAGGUGCGGGCAUCGAUAAUUUGAUUAAUCAAGCAGGAUUAAUCGGAAAUCCAUUUGCAGGAACUGCUGGAACUUUUGGAAAUACUGUAACGAAUCCAGCUUUUUUAACGAACCCAUUACCGUCUACUCCCACUGGUAAUUCGAAUAUUAUACUUAACAAUCCCGGGUUCUCGACGAAUUCAUUAGACUUGUCGAAUCAGAAUGCUUUUAAUGGAAUAGCGAAUAGUGUAACAGCCGCGUCUUUAAACAACAUGAUAAACCCGGUAAACAGCUUAACGGUUGGUCCACUAACAAAUUCCAACUCAGUAAGCAACGCUUUCGCUGGAACAAACUUACCUAAUUAUAGCAACCUUGACUUAGCUAAUCAUAAGAAGACGCUAGCUACUUUGACUGGCCUAAAUCCGUCUAACCUGGGUACCGUUUCAAAAUUAGCUGUAACUAGUAGCACAGCUCUAUCGCCGACUGGACUGUCGAUAUUAGCUGAGAACUUAAUGAUGGAUGGCAGUGUUUCGGUAACUGGAAAGAUGCCGUUCGUUGGAACCGUGAAUGUUGAGGGUACCAUACCUGACAACGGCAUUGGCACUGUCUUGUACGAGUGUGGCACCGGUAAUGUUGGCAUAAUUAGCGAUGACCGCGGUCUGAUCGGGCAAAAUAACGUUGGCGCGGGCAGACCAUUCAACAAUGGUGUCGGUGGCAAUCUACUCGGCUUCAAUAACAGAGGAUUUGCGAGAAAUAAUUAAUUUAUGUUUUAGUUUAAGUAUUUAUUUGAAUAAAUUGUUUGUUUUGCGCAA